GAGACUUCUGCACCACAUCCUUGCUCCAACUUGUAACGUUAGUGCAGUAGUUUACAAUGUCUGGGAUAGAGAACAUUUCUUCUGUUUAGCGUGCUGUGAUAUGUUCACAGGGCACAGUGUUGUCUGUCAGGUGAGAAAUGGAGCAAGACUCCUCUUGAGCCAUUGGUCUUGGGCAUUUUCUGUUUCAGCACUUCCUUAUUCUUCAGCAAGUCACCUGGACAGCUAAUGACCAAGGGAGGCGCGGUGCCAAGGCUGUGUGUGAGAGCCUGCUGCUGGGAGGGUUUACCCCUUCUCCUCUGUUCCUGAGCCCUGGGGAGUGGCAUGGACUGUUCUCUGCUCAUCCUGCAGAGACCUGGGAUGCUCUGGGCUACUCAUUUGCUCCCUGUGACCAGCACUGCACUUACACAUGUUCAAAGGAGGUUCCUGACUCCGCAGUGGAUCUUCAGAGGUAGGAGCACUGCAGAAGUCCUGAGUAUCCUGGAGCUCCCAUAUAGCACAGGAAAAACCUAUUAUGGGAAAGCUGCUGAUAGCAGAGGAAUGAACCCAGUUGCACAGAUGCUGCUCCAUUAUGCUUCUACAACUGGAGUGGGGCCAGAACACAACCCCAGCUCAACUUCCCUCUUCUCCCCCAAAAAGGGCCAUAUGAGGACACUGAAGCUCAGUCCAGAUCUAACUUUCACAGCCAACCCCUUUCUAUGUGAUAAACUGUGCCUAUGUCAGCAGCUGGUGUGGCGCAGCAGGAAGCAGAUCCACAGAGGUGGCUGUUUUGUGCCAAGGACUUGCCACACUGGAUACUCCCUGGGGUCUGAGCAGGCUGACAGUUUGGUUGCAUGGAAAGAGAGUGGCAUUAAAAUGGUGCUCUCAGACCCAGGAGAUGAGGCCAUUGUUUUACCUGAACACAUGCCAUGGGGGCACACCAUGGGUUGGGUGAGGGAUGCUGCUCUCCCAGGACCUCUUGCAACACAUUGUCUUGGAGAUGUUUCAUAAGGCAGGGACGAAUUCCCCCCCUUUGGACAUGUGUCACCUCCCACAGUGGACUAAACACUCACAUGUCAUAUCCUGUUCGAGGAGUUGUUUUAAUGGAUGCGUUGCCAACAAAGACACUUGGGUUUCGAUGGCUGAUCCUUUGCAAUUGUAACGGCAUUUAAUGAAAGGUUUUGUCUUUGGAA